AUGAAUAGUAAUAAUAAUAAUAAUAAUAGUAUUGAUAUAAAAGAUCAAAGAUUAAUAGAAUUGGUUAUAAAGAACAAAUGGUUAUUUAAAUUAAUUCUAUCAAAAUGCAAGAGAUCUAGAAAGAUUACGGACUCUAUGACACAAUAUGAUUGUGAGGGUACAAGGAAGAAGUUUACAGGUAAUAGUAGUCCAAUAUUGCAAUUUGAAUUGGGUAUCAGAGAAAACUAUUGGGACUAUUAUGCUUUGGAGAUGAUUGUUUAUCAUGGUCAUUGGGGACUCAUCAAAGAUCGUAUCAAGAGUAAAAGACAAUUAUUUAUAGAUAAUAGAGGUCUAUCAGUAUUCAUUAAAAAGUGUACUGAUAACUCUAUAUUUGAUUUACUUUAUCAACACUAUCAAUCGGUAUUUGCAUACGAGGAUCUAUUAUUAUGGGCUGUUGAAGGUGGAAAUAGAGGAGGAAAAGAAGAAGGAAAAGAAGAAUCAAUACACAUAUUCAAAACACUUUUUGAACAAACUGUACCAACUCAAUUACCAAGAACUGGUGUACUUGAAGCUGCUAUUGGUCAUGGUCGUAUAGAUAUUCUUCAAUUGUUGGCAACUACCACAACCUCUACCAUUCAACAUGAUGAAUAUAUUUUAGAUUGUGCUAUCAACCAUGAUAGUCAUUUAGUGUACGAUGAAUAUUGUCGAUUGUUUGGAGCUGGUGGAGCUGGUGUAGGUGGUAGUGUCAAAGUAACUGGAAGGUGUAUGGUGAAUGGUGACAUUGACUUUAUACGUAAUAUACCAAUAGCACCCAAUUUACAAGACCAAAUACUCCAAUCUUAUUUUCUCAUCUACCGUCACAAGUCGACCUAUGACCGACAACUACACGUAUUGACCAAAAUGCAAGGAUAUGCUUCUUGUUUGGGUAGUUUUGAUCUGUCAGCCAUUACCCAAACCGUCACUGAAGCUGCCGCUCUUAAAGGACUCAUCCUUUCGACCGAACAAAUCAAAAUGCACUCCAUUCAAAAUAUUAUCGUCAUGUCAGGUGGUACUCCCAUCCAACUCAUCGAACGUAGUCUAUUAAAAGAAUCAAUUGAAUCUGGUUUAAAUUCUUUUAUUUAUUUUUUAACAUUUAAACAAUUAUUAUCUUUAAAUUCAACUAUUGGUAAAUUAAUUAAUAUUUCUAAAAAAGAAAAAAGAAUUAAUAUAUUAAUAUUUAUAUUUAUAUUUAUUUUAUUGGUUCUAGAGAAAAAAGGGGAAUUAUUAGGAAUGAUAUGUAGAUAUGGAGAAUUGGAACAUUUAGAAUAUUUGAAAUCGAGUAGAUUGGAUUUACAUGAAUUUACAAAUUUGAAAUGGAUGAUUGAAUAUGUUGAUUGGAGAGUAUUGGUGGAACGUGAAAAGAUUGGUAUGAUGCAUUUCAUAUUAACAGUGUCACCACAGAUGGCCGACAAUAUAACAUAUAAAUCGACAAGGAUGAGUGAUUCAGUUGUUAAAUACUUGGAUUCACGCAACGACUCCAAACAUUUCUAUAAAAUAUUUGAUUGUCAUCUGACUGAUUAUGCAUUAUACCAACUUUUAAUGCUAUCACCUUAUAUCAAUCCAACUACCCAAUUCUCAUCAAAAGAGGAAGAGUUUCAUUUUGAAAAAUAUCCAAUCAUGUCUAAAAGAAAUACAUUCUUAUUAUUCGACCCGAUAAGAAUUAUAAUGUUGUUUUGUCAAAUUGGUGAUACCAACCUUUUAGAUACUUAUUACCAAACAUUGGUAAAGAUAAAGAAAAUGAUUACCGAUUGGACAACUAUACGUAGCCAAUAUAAAUUGGGAACUGUUAGACGUGGUGUUGGACCAACUCUUUUAAAUGUAUUGUAUAGCGAUACUCAUCAACAACAAACAAUCCCAUACCUUUCAGCUCAAGAUGUAUUCUUUAGGAAAUAUGCAGAGUUUUAUUUAAACAACUAUUACAUUGAAAGUUUUUUGGAUCAUGUUGUCAAAAGUGGAUCUGUUCGACUGAUUAAACAUGUAAUUAAUAGAGACGAGAUUUAUCAUUACAAUGAAGAUGAUAACACCACCUCAAUAGUAAAACUCCAGUUCAAGACUGAAUUAGGGUACAAGUUGGCUGGCGAAACUGGUAAUGUGGAUCUAUACAAAUGUGUAAAAAACAAUCACUCAGAUCCAAAAUUACAUCAAUUACCUUUGGUAUGGGGUUUAGCUACUAAACAUGGUAGAUUUGAUUUAUUUAAAUAUUUAUGUACCAAUUAUGAAGUAUAUGGUCAAACAUCAUUUCAUAUACAAAAUAAUAUUAUUUUAUAUAAUCAUUUAAAUUUAUUGGAUUAUUAUAUAGAGUUUAGAGAGACCAAACAAGCAUUUAUUUGGUCACUUGCAAAUGUAUCUAUAUUUAAUGGUUGUAAUUUAUCAACAUUACAAUAUUUAUGUAAAAAAUAUCAUACUUGUGUAAUUAGACAAAAUGUAAAGGUAAAAGAAGAAGAAGAAGAAGAAGAAACAAAAAAUGAACAACAAAAAGAAGAAGAUACAAAUGAUAGUGAUGAUGAUGGUGACUCCACUACUUGUUGGAAUUGGGAAUUUAAUAAUAAUAAUUUAAAUGAUCAAGUACCAGAAUAUUUACCAUUAUAUAAUACAACCAAUCGAGAAGUAGCUCAAAGUAUUAUGGAUUCUCUUGUCUCAUCAGCUUUGUUAAAAACAGUACCUCAAAAACUAGAUAAAAAUGUUACACCAGAAUUAAGAUAUUAUUUAAAAAGUUUGAAUUUAUUUCAAGGUGGCUCAUCAAACAAUAAUGAUCAAAAUUCUAAACCCCAAGUAUCACCAAAAUCUUUUAUUUCAAAUUUCUUUGGUUUCUGGAAUGGUUCCAAUAAAAUGUAA